AUGGAAGUAUAUGGUUCAUCGUUUCUACUACAAUCAUAUGAUACAAAUCGUUUAGUUGUCUCUGAAAUACCACGUUUUAUCAUCUACAAUCAACCUGUUGAAUUUACUAUUGAUGCAUUUAAAGCUGGAGAAGGACAACUUGAAGUUGCUAUUAACAAUGGUCAAGUACCAAAUAAAGUUAAACCAUUAGGAAAAUCAACAUUUCAUUUUACAUUUAUUCCAACAUCAAAUAAUCUACAUACACUUUCUAUUAAAUUCAAUGGACAAGAAAUACCUGGUUUUCCUAAAGAAUGUCAAGUUAUAACAUCUAAUGAUAUAAAAAUUCAUGGACCUGGUCUUAAUCAAGUAUUGGUUGGUAGUCAAACAUGGUUUACAAUUGAUACAUCACAUGGUGGUUCAUCAAAUAUUGAAGUGAAAAUAUUAUCACCUAAAGAUGAAGUAUUAACUCCAUCAACACUAUUAACUAUAGCUGGUCUUCGAGUUGAUUGGACACCAACCGAAGUUGGAACUUAUAAAAUUCAUAUAACAUUAAAUGGAAAUAUAGUACCUGCAAGUCCAUUUUUUGCGAAAUGUUAUGAUCCAAAAAAAGUUUCGGUUGCACCAGCAAUGAACGACAGUAUUGUUGGAAAACUAACAAAAUUUCUCAUCGAUGCAUCGAAGGCAGGUGAAGGUAAUCUUGAGAUUAGUGUCAAUUAUUCUGGUCAUAAUAUUCCUAAUGAAGUCAAACCAUUAGGCAAUAGUAGUUAUGAAGUUCAAUUUAUUCCACAAAAAGCAACAACACAUCACUGUCAUAUUCUGUUCAAUGGUGAACUUGUACCGGGAAGCCCAUUUCCUGUAAAUGUCAUGGAAAAUCAACGUGUGAUGGCUAUUGGUAAAGGUCUUGGUUCAGUUCCAAUUAAUAUUCCAACAUCAUUCACAGUUAUAACACAAAAUGAUGAUGUGGGAAAAUUGAAAUGUUCGAUAAAAGGACCAAAUGAUCAUUUGGUAUCAUGUAUAACUACAAAAAUAGAUCCAAAUCGAUAUGAAGUAACUUAUACACCAGAUCGUGUUGGUGAAUUUCAUAUCGAUGUUCAACAUGAUGAUAUUCCAAUUGAUAGUAGUCCAUUUACAUCUCAAUCAUAUGAUAUGAAUAGAAUAAAAACAUAUGAUAUACCAUCAUCAAGUACUGUUGGUACACCAACUUCAUUUAUUAUCGAUGCAGCUGAUUCGGGUGCAGGCAAUCUGGAAAUAUCUAUAUCAAGAGAUGGAAAAAAUAUUCCAAAUUAUGUACAAAAUGAAGGUAGUGCUCGAUUUCGUGUAAAUUUUGUUCCAGAUAAACCUUGUAUUCAUUAUGUUCGAAUUAAACUUAAUGGAAUUCAUAUUCAUGGAUCACCUUUUGCAUGUAAUGUAUUUUCAAGUGAUUAUACAUUUGAAAAUUAUGAAUUUGCACCCAUUAAUAAACGAGCAUUAAUUACAAUUAAACCGAAAUUAAAUGGAAUAAUUGAUCCAAAUAUUUAUGUUGAUAUUGUUACUCCAUCUGGUAAAAAAUUAAAGAGUAAAAUUGAAAAAACAUCAACAAAAUUAUAUACUAUUGGUUUUGUACCAAAUGAAAUCGGUGAUCAUGAGAUAAGAUUUUAUCAUGAUGAAGAAAAAAAACUAAUUAUGACAAAAUUGAAUUGUCAAGUUUAUGAUAUAAGUAAAAUACGUGUCAGUGAUUUACCACUUGCUGUCACUCAUCAACCGUGUAAAUUUACAAUUAAUACUGCUGAAGUUGGUAACGGUAUUUUAUUAGUAAAAAUCAAACAGAAUGGAAAUAAAGUAUCACAUGAACAAGCACGAAUAUCGAAACAUGUUUAUGAAAUUUCAUUUAUACCAGAAACAUCUGAUGAAUGUACUAUACAGAUAGCAUUUAAUGGAGAAACAAAUUUACGUACACUAAUGAUACCAGUACGAACUGAUUGUGAGCAAGUUCGAGUUUCACCGAUACCUUCAGGUAUCGUUAGUCAACCCAUUGUAUUCACCGUUGAUGUAACUGAUGCAAAUCUUCUUACAAUACUUGUAACUGAAACACAUUCCGGUCGAAUUAUACCACAUACAAUGAUAUCAAGAUUAAAUGAUAAAAAUCAUUAUGAAGUAUCAUUUACACCGAAUUUAGCACGUCAACAUACUGUAUCAAUAACAUACGAUAAUAAACUUGUUUCAACUUAUCAUGUUGAUGUUUGUAAUGUAAAUAAAAUUCGUGUUAGUUCAAUUAAUGAUGGAUAUAUUGGUAUACCAUCGAUAUUUUCUGUUGAUACACAUGGUGCUGGUGAAGGUCAUUUAGAAGUAACAAUAAGUGAUGGACGACGAACAUUACCAGCUCAAUUAAAAAGUAUUCAAGCAAGAAAAUUCGAUAUAGCUUUUAUACCUGAAUCGAAAGGAAAACAUUCAAUUGUAAUUGCAUUUAAUGGAAUACCUAUUGAAGGAAGUCCAUUUAUGAUGAAUGUUCUUGAACAAGCAACAAGUGAAAAAAGUAGUACAGAAACUAAAGAUGAUGCAGAAGAAAUUGCUGAAGAAGAAGAUGAGAGUGGUGACCAUGAAUUUUUAAUUGGUGGACAAUUAGAAGGUACAAAAGUUGGAGAAGUUGCUUGGCUUAUAUGUGAAACAACAUUAACAGAAAUUUAUGAAGAUUUUAGUUUAUUUGUCAUGGGUAUGUUUAAUUUCAAGGAAGAAGAUUUAUUUACUUUUAUUUAUUUAGAUCCUGAUCAAAUUAUUAUAAAACAUACACGAAUACAAGAUUCAGGUGGUCGAUGGCGUAUUGAAUUUGAACCAGUUAAAUCUGGUACUUAUUCAGUACAAACAAAUGUGGAUGAUCUACAAAUAAUACUGGCUUCAAUGGAUAUAUUACCAUUAGAAUAUGAACGAAAUGUAUAUGGUGAACGUAUUGUUCAUCCUAGUAUUUUAAAUUUUAUUUCCGUUAAUUGUAAAAGUGAAAAUAUGAAAGUUCAGCUAAGAAAUUCAAAUGGUGAUGAAACUCCAAUGGAAAUUGAAAAAGAAUCACCAGAAUGGAAAAUUUAUUUUACAUUAACAGAAAUUGAUUAUUAUCAAUUGAGUAUUAAAAAUGAUAAUAAUGAACAAUUAUUUGAUAUACAUUGUGUAGCAGAAGAAACAGAUAUAUUACGAAAUGGUGGUGUUGAGGAUAUAACACGAAUUAUUGUUGAUCAAAGUAAAAUUAUUGCUGAAGAUGUUAAUGUUAUUGUCAAAGAUCCAUUGGCACAUACAAUUCCAGCUGCAUUCUAUCGGAAUAUGAAUAAAGAUCUUGUUAUUGAAUAUAUACCUGUCCGAACAGAAAUUCAUGAAGUAUUUAUUCGUACACAGAAUAAUCUUCUCGAUAUAUGUCCUAUUCGUGUAAUGGCUUUUCGUGCUAAAAGUACAUUUGAUCCUGUACUUCGUGUACAAGUUAAAGAAGUACUUGAACAUACAUUUAAAGGUGUUAUUGAUAAUGAUAAUAAAUUAGAAAUAAAUAUAACUGAUCCAUUUGAUAAACCAGUACCAUUUAAACAUUCGAAAAAUGAGAAUGGUGAAUUAAAAAUAAUUUUAUCACCAGUUCGCGUUGGAACACAUUGGAUACGUAUAACAAAUGAUGAAAGUGAUAGUUUUGCUUUAUUACCAAUAUUUGCAUUUGAUGAUGAUUAUGUUCCAUUAUCACCAGUUAAUACACCUUCACCAAAAGACAAACCAUUACCAAAUCAAAAUACUACUAGUAAUAAUAGUACAUCAGAUUCAGUAUCUCUAAUAAGAGAAUUAGCAGCCAUUAGUGAAACAUCGGAAACAUCAUCAAAUGGUUCAUCAGCACCAGUACAACAACGUUCAUUAUCACCAAUUAAAGAACAUGUAACAAAUACUGCUGAAUUAGUUCCGAAUGAUGCAACUAAAUCACCACCUAUAGCUGAUAAAACAACACCGAAAGUACAAGUACUUGAUAUAACUGAUUUAGUCGAUCCAGGUGUUCGUAUUACAUCGAAAUUUAGUCUUAAAGAUCCAGAUAAUAAAUUUAAGAUUGUUCUUUAUGAUACUAAUGACGAGAAAAUUCCUCAUAAAAUGGAACAUCUUCCUGAUGGACGAAAAUGUAUUUCAUAUGAACCACUUGUUGUUGGACCUGUUAAAAUUCAUAUUUCGAAAGGAAGUGAACCACUUAAUGGUAGUCCAUUGAUUGUUCAUGCAUUUGAUCCAACAUCUAUACAAAUACAAAAUUUUCCAAAGAAAGCAUUUUUAAAAACAACACAUUCAUUUCUUAUUGAUCCGACACUAGCUGGAAAAGGUUCAUUAAAAAUAAUAAUCAAAGAUCCAAAUAAUCGAUCUUUACCUAUUACUGUUCAAAAACAAUCGAAUAAUCAAAUUCUUGUUCAAUUUGAACCGAUUGUUUUAGGUUUACAUUCCAUCUCAAUACUAUUCAAUCGAAUAUCAGUACUUGAAACAACAUUUCAAGUAUCGAAUGAAACUAAUGAAGAACAAUCGACAGGUAAAAUCGCUCGAUUACCUGAAACUGAACAACGUGGACGUUCAAUUUAUUCGAAACAUGAUUUAUUAAUAUUUGCACAACAACAAGAAAAAUCUCAAACAACAGGAACAACACAUCCGCUAUUAGCAAAAUCCAGUGACAUUAAUAUACUACAAAAAGAACCAUUAGUAAUCGAAGAACACAAACAAGUCAUUAAUAAAUCAGAAGAUGUAACAACUCAACCAAAAUUACAAUAUAUUCAAUUGACUGAUGCAGAAAUUCGGCGGUUUCAAAUAUUGAAAGAGAAAUUCGAACGUGGAGAACCAAUUGAUAUUAUAUUCGAUCCACGGCGAUAUCCAUUUAAAAUAAUUUUAAAACGAGCAUAUCCAGCUGUUAAUGAUGAUGUACAUCUCUUAAUUGAUCUUCCUCAUGUUGUUUAUGUACAUGUGAUGAAAGAUACGACAAAAAUUCCUUUACAAACAGCUCGUAGAAAUGAAAAUACAUUUCUACUAAAGUUUCGACCCGUAAUUGAAGGCGAUUAUUUGAUAAUAUUAAAAAAUCAUAUGGGACAACCGAUGUUAGAUUGUCCAUAUAUAUUUCCUGUUUACAAUCCAGACGGAAUUCAAGUUGAACCAUUUGAUCCAUUACAACCAAUUAACAAAUGUCAUUUUAUCUGUAAAAUUGAUAACCCUAUUCAAGGAAAAUUCUUUAUUAUGGUUUUUGAUCCAUUAAAACCACUGAAAAUUCCUUAUCAAAUACAACCUUUAUCAACAAAUCGUAUUCAAAUUACAAUCAUACCAGCAAAAAUUGGAACAUAUCGUAUCUAUCUAGCUUAUAAAAAUAUUCCUACAUAG